CGCAGGACACUCACAGAACAUUCUGGUCAGGUUUGGAAUGUGGCGUUCUCCCCAGAUGGUAGAGUUCUGGCCUCCGCCUCUGAUGACAAGACAGUCAGGCUCUGGGAUGUGGCUACUGGAGGACUACGCAGUACAUUUACAGGUCAUUAUAAUCGGGUUUGGAAUGUGGUGUUCUCUACAGAUGGUAGAGUUCUAUACUCCGCCUCUGAUGACAAGACAGUCAGGCUCUGGAAGGUGGCUACUGGAGGACUACACAGUAUACUCAUGAGAUAUCCUACUUCGAAUUACAGUGUGGCAUUCUCCCCAGAUGGUAGAGUUCUAGCCUCCGCCUCCGAUGACAAUACAGUCAUGCUCUGGGAGGUGGAUACUGGAGAACCAUGCAGUAAACUCACAGGACAUUCUGGUGAUAUUCACAGUAUGGCAUUCUCCCCGGAUAGUAGAGUUCUGGCCUCCGCCUCUGAUGACAAAACAGUCAGGCUAUGGGAGGUGGCUACUGGAGGACUACACAGUAUACUCACUGGACAUUCUGGUCAGGUUUACAGUGUGGCAUUCUCCCCAGAUAGUAGAGUUCUAGCCUCCGCCUCCGAUGACAAGACAGUCAGGCUCUGGGAGGUUGCUACUAGAAAACUACACAGUACACUCACAGGACAUUCUGGUGUAGUUUACAGUGUGGCGUUCUCUCCAGAUGGUAGAAUUCUGGCUACCGCCUCCCAUGACGAGACAGUCAGGCUCUGGGAGGUAGCUACUGGAAAACUACGCAGUAUACUCACAGGACAUUCUGGUAUGGUUUACAGUGUGGCAUUCUCCCCAGAUGGUAGAGUUCUGGCCUCCGCCUCUGGUGACAAGACAGUCAGGCUCUGGGAGGUGGCUGGCGGU